GCAAAGUGUAAAUAAGCCAAAUUUACACUCAGCUGAGCUGAAGUCAUCGAAAUGACGAGCUCACAGGCGAAUGGUGGAACUUCAAAAUGGACCCCUCAGCUAGCUGCUCAUGAUGGCAAGAAAGACUACCGUCGAAAAGUGAAGUAUAAUCCAUUGUGUAGGGCAUUCUUCUGCUGGGUGGACCCACUCUUCUGGCUGGGCUGUGGACGUAGUCUUGAAUUUAGUGAUUUAUAUGCUCACCCACCUGAAGCUGAUUCCAAAUAUCUUCUAGAGAAAUUUAACAAAUAUUGGUCAGUGGAGCUGCAGAGAAGGAGAGAGGGCCGUUCUCCAAGAUUGCUUCUGGUAUGGGUGAAAAUUUUCUGGUGGAGAGUCCUAUUCCAAGGGCUACUUGUAUUUUUACAGAUCUGUUGCAUGGCAGGAGUAGCUGAAAUAUUAGGUUACAUAACUGAUUAUUUUGUUAUUGAGUCCCCUACAGCAGCGGAUACAAGAAAUGCUUACCUUUAUGCAGUGGGACUUGGUCUAGUGUCAUUGUGUAUUAUGCUCUGCCAUGCAAUGUGCUUCCAUAUAGCAACACUACUUGGAAUGUAUACUAGGAUAAUAAUGACUGCAGCUUCUUACAAUAAAAUACUUUCUCUUAGUCAGACUGCAAUAGGUCAGUUGACAGUUGGGCAUAUUGUUAAUUUAGCCUCAAAUGAUGUUCACAAAUUUGAUCAAGCAUUUCUAAUGUAUCAUUACCUGUGGAUUGGCCCCUUACAUGUGAUAUUGACCACAUACUUGAUGUUUCUUGAAGUUCAGUGGAGUGCAUUCAUAGCUACUGCACUUCUUGUGCUUCAGAUACCAUUGCAGUCAGUACUUGCUAAAGUUUUUACCAAAAUAAAAUUGAAAGCUGCCAGAUUAACUGAUAAAAGAGUAAAGGUCAUGAAUGAGGUUAUCAGUGGAAUCAGAGUCAUUAAGAUGUAUGCAUGGGAAUAUGCUUUCAGUGAUGUAGUGGCAGCUAUUAGAAAAUCCGAGAUUUAUAAGCUUCUACAGUUUUUUGCCUUCUUUUCAGUGAGCAGUCUGUAUGAGGCCAUUUCAAGGACUACCAUUAUGUUUUUGGUCUUCUCUGUCUAUGUUAACAUAUCUGAGGAGGAACUAACUCCUAGAAAGGUCUUUGUCUCACUGUCUUUGAUCCAAUUUGUUCGCUUGACAUCAAUUCGUUUCCUUAUCAUAUGCAUACAACUUCUGUCAAAUGGAAGAGUUGCAUGGAUAAGGAUAAAAAAUUUGCUUCUUAUGGAUGAUUACUGGACCAAUAACAUACAAGAAUAUCAAAACAUAAAUAAUUCAGAAGAUCCUACUGUUAUCUGUCUACAGCCAAUGCCUAGUGAUAGUGGUGCUAAUGAAGUAAUAGUAGAGGAUUUAACUGCUUCUUGGUCAAUGGAUGAAAAUAAAUUGUCACUAAGCAACAUAUCUUUUACUGUCAAUAAAGAGAAACCAUUGCUAGCUGUUGUGGGUAAAGUUGGUUGUGGCAAGUCUACUCUUCUUCAGUGUCUAUUAAAAGAGCUACCUGCUUUGAGUGGUACGGCAAUGGUUAAAGGAUCAAUUGGGUAUGCUAGUCAAGAAGCAUGGGUGUUCUCAGCUACACUGAGGGACAAUAACAAGAUUGUUAUACUAGUAACUCAUCAAGUACAAUAUCUUGAACGAUGUGAUGCUAUACUUGGACUGAAUGAGGGUCGUGUGUUAGUGUAUGGUAAUGCAAGGGAUGUUCUGAAAGAGGACAGUGGUAUAUUUGAACUAUUAGUUGAUGAUACCAGUACUUCUGAUGAUGGCUUUAAAAUCAGGAAACAAAGUAUUAGUACUGGAUUAGAACCACAAAUUGCGGUAGAAUUUAGUCAGAAAUUGGAAACAGUUGAGGAAGAGGAUGACAAUGAAAAGCCACAGAAACCUGAAUCUAUGCCAGCAGAAGAGCCAGAAGUUACUCAUAAAUUGUCAGUCCCUGCUGAAGAACGUGCUCAUGGAAAUAUAUCAGUCAAGACAUAUUUCAACUAUUUUCUUGCUGGUGGAGGAUAUAUUUUCACUAUUUUUGUGUUAAUUAUUUUCGCCAUCACUGAAGGCAACAUUGUCACUGCUGACUGGUGGAUAUCUGACUGGGCUGACUGUGAAUCAGAGACUAAUCUCAAUAGGUCUACUUGUUUUCUGUCUGACAAUGAGCGCAUUGGAAUAUAUGGAGGACUUGUAGGAUCAUUGACAAUAUUUGCAGCAUUGAGAGCAAUGCUGUUCUUUGUGCUGAUGUUGAACGCUUCAAGAGUUGUUCAUAAUAGAAUGUUUGCUAGAGUAUUGAGAGCUCCAGUUUUAUUCUUUGAUACUAAUCCUGUUGGACGCAUAUUAAAUCGAUUCUCAAAAGAUGUUGGAUUUUUAGAUGACAGAUUGAUAAUAUCAUUUAAUGAUUUUCUUUCAAUAUUUACAAGAUUUCUAUCCACUAUGAUUGCUGCAACUAUUGCAAAUGUGUACACAUUGUUUGCUGUUGGUUUUGUGUUUGUUGCUGCAUGGACACUUCGUUUCUAUUACUUAAAAACAGCAAGGGACAUCAAAAGAUUAGAAGCACUCUCUCGUAGUCCUAUAUACUCUCAUCUCUCACUAACACUACAAGGACUCCCUACCAUAAGAUCUUACUCAAUGCAAAGUGAAGCUAUGAAUCAUUUUCAUACAUUUCAGAAUCAGAACACUCAAGCUGCUUAUUUAUAUGCUGUUACUGAAAGGUGGUUUGGUAUGAGGAUUGAUUCCAUUACUUCUAUCUUUAUCACAAUUGUAGCUCUUGCAUCAAUCCCAGUAGCUUCUACUCUCAAUGCUGGGUUAAUUGGUCUGUCUUUGACUUAUGCUGUUACUUUAAUGGGAGCUUUUCAAUAUUGCAUCAGGCAAAGUGCUGAAGUUGAGAGUUUGAUGGUAUCAGCUGAGAGAGUGAUGGCUUAUGGUAGACUAGAAACUGAACCAUCUUUGGAAACCGAUCCUUCAAUUUCACUGAGUUCAGACUGGCCAACCAAAGGACACAUUGAGCUAAACAAUCUUUCCUACCGUCAUUCAAAUGAAGGACCACUUGUACUUAGAGGAAUUACAUGUAACAUUAAACCAAGUGAAAAAAUUGGUAUUGUGGGUCGUACUGGAGCUGGUAAAUCGUCUCUCAUUGGAGCAUUGUUCAGACUAGCUGAACCAACUGGUAGCAUUAAAAUUGAUGGAGUAGAAACCACUCAAUUGGGCCUUCAUGAUGUUAGGAGCAAUAUGUCAAUCAUACCACAAGAUCCUGUGCUUUUUGGAGCAUCAGUACGCUAUAACCUUGAUCCAUUCCAACAAUAUGAUGAUGAUAGAAUAUGGAGGAUGAUACGUGAACAGUUCUCUGAUUAUACUGUACUAACUAUAGCUCAUAGACUGGAUACUGUCAUGGACUCUGACAGGAUUAUGAUACUGAAAUCAGGUAAACUGAUAGAGUUUGAUGUACCUCAUAUACUCCUCAGUCAAUCAUCAUCAUAUCUCAGUAAACUAGUGGAGCAGACUGGACCUAACAAUGCUGAAAGAUUGAGGAACAUUGCUCUUGAGUCUUACAAUAAACUUAAUUGAUGAUAAUUAACUUUUGCUACUCAAUAAAAUAUUAUUUAUUAAAUAAUAUGGAUCUGAAGAUGCUUAGCUGUUUUUUCAGUAGUCUUAA